AUGAUGUUGAUGAAUACUUUCUCAAUCUACCACAAAAAUAUUGGGAAUUCAAAAGAAUCAGAGUACCAAAUAUACUAUCAGGAGCUAAAGAUAUCUACAUAAAAAAAUGGGUCAAAGUCAAUCAUAUUUAUCAAACUAAACAAUAAAAAUCAAGAAUUAAUUAUUAAGCUUCAAUCAAUAGAACACAUUAAGAAUUACAUAGAAUUUUAGCUAAUAGUACUACUAAUACUAAAGAAUUGA